AUGAAACACUGGAAACUUGUCGAGGCACCAUUCUCACUGACCCUGCCGCAGCGACUGGGCAUCCUGAUCGGGGCAGCGCGCGGCUUGGAGUAUCUCCACAGCUUUGGCUUCGUGCAUCGCGACAUCAAACCCGCCAACAUCCUCAUCGGUGCUGACAUGCAGGCCAAGAUUGCGGAUUUUGGAUUGGUGAGGGUGGGGGAGGGAACGACAGUGGGUUCUACUCGAGUGAUGGGCACACCGGGCUAUGUGGACGAGUGUCUGUCAAAGGGGGAUCUGGCGGGCCUGAAGAGUUCCGGCAUGGACGCCCCAAAGGAGGUGCUGCUGCGCCUCACUCAGCUCGCAGUGAGCUGCACGGUGGAUCGCACGGCAAACCGGCCGACCAUGGGAGAUGUUGCCAAUGAGCUGCAGGCAGUCAGGAACGAAGUGUGGGGGAAGGAGGAGGUGCGUGGUGCGGUUAAAGUGGAUGUGGAGAAUGAGGAGAGGAUGAGUGCACACAGGAUACACCAAAGCCUGGAUGAAGCAAUUGACAGCAUUAGCGAUGUUGUGUGA